GCGCUCGAGCGGCAGCUUCAGGAGAAGCACGCGUUCAACAACAGCCUCAAGUACGAGAGCGAGUGCCUCAGCCAGCGCAUCGAAGCCCUCGAGGAUGACCAGCGCGUCGCGAAAACAAAAUACGACGAAAUGAACAAGCUCUUUGGCGAAAAGGCCCACGCGCAGCACGACGAAAGCAAGGGCAAAGUCGAGGCGCUGACCUCAACGAUGGAGCAGCUAGAGAUUGACAUGCAAGAGAACGAGCGGCUCACGCAACUGCAUGCGUCCUUGGUUGAGCAACAGGAAGAGCUCCAAAAAACCCUCGAUGAAAUGCUACAGAAACAAAAGACCGAUCUGCACCAAUUGAAACUCAACGAGUACCAGCGCAAGUCGACCAUGGAGGAGAACUUUCGCAACUUGCUCGCGGCGCUCGAGACGCAAAAUCUCAAAACCGGAUUCGGUCUGCUCCUGGAGGCGCGCCAGACACUAUUGACACCGCUCGCCACCGAUGUCGCGCCGGCGGCAUCGCGCGAUGGCCCAGCUUGACCUAGAGUUCACUUAAUUCGAGUGCAGAAGCAUGAAAAAUCAGAUUCGAUCAAGA